AUGAGGCGUCGGCGUGCUCGAAGGCAGCGUCUGCUCGACUGCCUUGUGUCUGCUUCAGACACCAGCAACCAGACGACGGCAGAUGAGGCGGAGGAGGACCUCCUUCUUCCUGCCGCGACUACCCUCAUUCCUGCAUCGUCAUCAUCAUCCUCAUCAGAUUGUCUGUUUUUCCUGGUGCCGAACGUACCUUCCACAGGGAAGAAUGGAGACGACGCCGGUGGCAAUCGUUGGCGUUCCCGUAGGUCAGUGCGGCACUUCGAGUCCCAAGUUGCUUUCCCAUCCUUCAAAUAA